GGAGCCGAGUCGAGCCGAACGUGCGCGGAAGUAGCUGCUGCUGGUGGUGACAAUGUCGAAUAACGGCCUAGACAUUCAAGACAAACCCCCAGCCCCUCCGAUGAGAAAUACCAGCACCAUGAUUGGAGCUGGCAGCAAAGAUGCUGGAACCCUAAACCACGGUUCCAAACCUCUGCCUCCAAACCCAGAGGAGAAGAAAAAGAAGGACCGAUUUUACCGAGCCAUCUUACCUGGUGAUAAAACAAAUAAAAAGAAGGAGAAGGAACGGCCAGAGAUUUCUCUUCCGUCAGAUUUCGAGCACACGAUUCACGUGGGUUUUGAUGCUGUCACAGGCGAGUUUACAGGGAUGCCAGAGCAGUGGGCCCGCUUGCUUCAGACAUCAAAUAUCACUAAGUCAGAGCAGAAGAAAAACCCGCAGGCUGUCCUGGAUGUAUUAGAAUUUUAUAACUCGAAGAAGACCUCCAAUAGCCAGAAGUACAUGAGCUUUACAGAUAAAUCAGCUGAGGAUUAUAAUUCUUCUAACACUUUGAACGUGAAGACGGUGUCUGAGACCCCUGCAGUGCUACCAGUUUCAGAAGAUGAAGAUGAUGAUGAUGAUGCUACCCCACCUCCAGUGAUUGCUCCACGCCCAGAGCACACAAAAUCUGUAUACACACGGUCCGUGAUUGAACCACUUCCUAUUACUCCAACUCGGGAUGUGGCUACAUCUCCCAUUUCACCUACUGAGAAUAGUACCACUACGCCAGAUGCUCUGACCCGGAAUACUGAGAAGCAGAAGAAGAAGCCAAAAAUGUCUGAUGAGGAGAUCUUGGAGAAAUUACGGAGCAUAGUGAGUGUGGGCGAUCCUAAGAAGAAAUACACACGGUUUGAGAAGAUUGGACAAGGUGCUUCAGGCACUGUGUACACUGCAAUGGAUGUGGCCACAGGACAGGAGGUGGCCAUUAAGCAGAUGAACCUUCAGCAGCAGCCAAAGAAAGAGCUGAUUAUUAAUGAGAUCCUGGUCAUGAGGGAAAACAAGAACCCAAAUAUUGUGAACUACUUGGACAGUUACCUCGUGGGAGAUGAGCUAUGGGUUGUCAUGGAAUAUUUGGCUGGAGGUUCUUUGACAGACGUGGUAACAGAAACCUGCAUGGAUGAAGGCCAGAUUGCAGCUGUGUGCCGUGAGUGCCUGCAGGCUUUGGAGUUUCUGCAUUCGAGCCAAGUUAUUCAUAGAGACAUCAAGAGUGACAACAUCCUGUUGGGAAUGGAUGGCUCUGUCAAGCUAACUGAUUUUGGAUUCUGUGCCCAGAUCACCCCAGAGCAGAGCAAACGGAGCACUAUGGUGGGAACACCGUACUGGAUGGCACCAGAGGUUGUGACACGGAAGGCCUAUGGGCCUAAGGUUGACAUUUGGUCCCUGGGCAUCAUGGCCAUCGAAAUGAUUGAAGGGGAGCCCCCAUACCUUAAUGAAAAUCCUCUGAGAGCCUUGUACCUCAUCGCCACCAAUGGGACCCCAGAGCUUCAGAACCCAGAGAAGCUGUCAGCUAUCUUCCGAGACUUUCUGAACCGCUGUCUUGAAAUGGAUGUGGAGAAGAGAGGUUCAGCUAAAGAGCUGUUGCAGCAUCAGUUCCUGAAGAUUGCCAAGCCCCUCUCCAGCCUCACUCCACUGAUUGCUGCAGCAAAGGAGGCAACCAAGAACAAUCACUAAAACCACGUCACCCCAGCCUCAUUGUGCCAAGCCUUCUGUGAAAUAAAUGCUCAUUUCGGAUGCCCUUCCUUGUCUUGCUCCUCCCCUUUCCUGAUCUAGUGCUCUCAAGACUUUGAUCCUUGAAAACCAUGUGUCCAGCAUUGAAGAGAACUGCAGUUGACUAAUCGGAUGAUGGCCAUUUAAAAUAAGGAAUUUGCUCCCAAUCUGUGGAUGUGAGGGUGGUUUAUGAUC